AAAGCAAAAUCCAAGUACAUCCUGGUGCAGCUGGUCAGUGCUGCUGGGACUGGAUACACUGCCAACAGAGUAAGACUUCGUCUUGCUGAAAAACUGGUGAUGCUUAAGCACGACCCAAUUGUGAAUAAACAUGUCCUUUUCCAUGAGAAGAAGAAGAUCAGAUCAGUUUAACAUUGCUCAAAAACACAUGAACACUGUGAAAUAUUGCACAAGGCAUCAGUCAAAAAGAUUGGCUGUUGAGUUCAGAGGCUUCUUGAAAAAUCUACAGCCCUUGAACACCGAGAUGCAAACUGAGCUACGUCAACUCUCACUGACGCCUCAGUGAAGAUACGUUGACAGAACAUUUUGAGGACCAUGUAUUAAAUCUUUAAAGUUGGUUUACACAACGUUUGUAAGACUUAAUUUUAUUUUGUGGCAGUUCAAUAAAUCAUGUCAACAAGUUUA